UUGCACUUGCAAACUGUCAGGCGGCGUAAUAGACUGUUGAACAGUCUGUCCAAGUUUAUAUUGUACAACGAUGACAACUCCUGAAUAGUUAAUUGCUACUGUGGAAGUGUUUCGUGACGCGUUUGCACAAUGGGAUCUAAAAUCAGAAGUUACGUGUUUUUAGCAAGUGCCGAUUUUUUCGGUUUACUUUGCAUGGCAUGUUUGUUUGUCAACGUAAGUUGUCAAACGGACGAUACCGCUAUGUCAAACGCAAUUUCAGAAAGAAAAGCAGAAGAAGACCACAGACAGGACAGUGCCGACCUUCUUAUUUUUAUUAUGCUUCUGACGUUAACCAUUCUAACAAUAUGGCUGUUCAAGCAUCGUCGUUUCAGGUUUUUACAUGAAACGGGACUGGCCAUGAUUUAUGGCCUUCUGGUUGGUGUGAUUCUUCGAUUUGGGGUCCAUGUGCAACCGGACCUAAACAAUGUCACUCUGAGUUGUGCCAUGAACUCAAGUCCAGCCACCAUCCUGGUCAAUGUCAGUGGACACUUCUAUGAGUACACACUGAAGGGAGAGGUAAAAGACAGUGAAGGCGAGAAUGUCCCAGAUGCUGAAAUGCUCAAAAAGGUCACCUUUGACCCGGAGAUUUUCUUCAAUAUCCUGCUGCCUCCAAUAAUCUUCCACGCCGGCUACAGCCUAAAACGGAGACAUUUCUUCAGAAACCUGGGUUCGAUUCUGUCAUAUGCCUUUUUGGGCACAGCCAUUUCGUGCAUAGUGAUUGGGUCUGUACUGUAUGGCUGUGUUGCUUUCAUGAAAGCAGUGGGCCAAAUCCAAGGAGACUUUUUCUUCACCGACUGCCUUUUCUUUGGUGCCGUCAUCUCUGCCACAGACCCAGUGACAGUUCUGGCCAUAUUUAAUGAGUUGAAAGUGGAUGUGGACCUCUAUGCGCUGCUGUUUGGAGAGAGUGUCCUCAAUGAUGCCGUAGCCAUUGUCCUGUCCUCAUCCAUCAUGGCCUACCAGCCGACAGGGGACAACAGCCACACGUUUGACGGCAGUGCCAUGCUCAAGUCUAUUGGCCUCUUCCUGGGGGUCUUCAGUGGCUCCUUUGGCCUGGGAGUGGUCACCGGUGUCAUGACAUCACUCGUGACUAAGUACACCAAGCUGCGGGAGUUUCCCCUGCUGGAGACCGGCCUCUUCUUCCUAAUGUCCUGGAGUACCUUCCUGCUGGCUGAGGCCUGUGGCUUUACUGGUGUUGUGGCUGUGCUCUUCUGUGGAAUGACUCAAGCCCACUACACCUUCAACAAUCUCUCAGACGAGUCCAAGGAUAGGACCAAACAGCUCUUUGAGUUGCUGAAUUUCCUGGCUGAGAACUUCAUCUUCUCCUACAUGGGCCUGACUCUCUUCUCCUUCCAGUACCAUGUCUUCAACCCACUCUUCAUCCUUGGAGCAUUCAUCGCUGUGUUUAUCGGUCGGGCAGCUAAUAUCUACCCCCUCUCCUUCCUCCUCAACCUUGGCCGCAAAAACAAGAUCAGCCCCAAGUUCCAGCAUUUCAUGAUGUUCUCAGGCCUGCGGGGGGCCAUGGCGUUUGCGUUGUCCAUCCGUGACACGGCGACAUACGCGCGCCGCAUGAUGUUCUCCAGCACCCUACUCAUCGUCUUCUUCACCGUCUGGAUCUGCGGCGGAGGCACCACACAGAUGCUCUCCUUCAUGAACAUACGUGUUGGAGUGGACGCCGAUCAAGAUCAAGUGUCCUUGCAGGCCAGCAGUCCAGGCGGCGAGAGGAGGGGCGUCAGACAUGAGGGGGCGUGGCCAUUCAGGAUGUGGCACUCCUUUGAUCACCAGUACCUGAAGCCAUUCCUGACCAACAGCGGGACCCCUCCCACCAUGCCCGCCUGCUGUGCCUCCCUAACACAGUGCCUCACCAACUCCCAGGCCUACGAGACUGAAGGCCAUGAUGAGGACUCGGAGCUGAUCAGGAGCAGGCGUUCGAGCAGCGCGAUGUACACCGACAUCAGCACCGUAUCACAGAGCAGCUCCUACAACAACCUAUACGGGCCCACCGUGCCUUCUGGCUAAGCCUAGGGGGACUUCCAAGAACAAGGUUAAGUGAUAGUUAAGUGAAGUUAACCUACAAGAGGUGGUAAACCUGCUAAUAAAUUGCCCUGAGGUGUCAUUUAGUUAAGAAAGUAAAUGAGGACUCCAGGCUCCUUUAGUAGAUGGUUUACUCUAAGUUAAGUUUACUACUGAGCCAAGUUCUUGGAAUUUACACCCUUGAUCAGUGUUCUCACUUCGAUUGACAACCCACUGACCAACACCCUUCCCCUCAGUUUUUAUAGCACAACCCCUGUGGCCAGAUUUUGAUACAAGGAUGUAGUAGAAUAAGCAAUACAAAAUCCCAGGUGUGGUUUUCCUGUUACCUAAGUAUUUGUUUCCUCUUGUUUUGUAAUCCUAAUGUCAACUUUUAAGAAGUGUUUAAGCUAUUUGUAAAAGUUUAAGUGUGUAAAAAUUAAUCUACAUAGUUCAUCUAAUAGACACUAUUAAUAAUGUGUUU